AUGGCGUCCAUCUUGAAGAGUCAAGCAGCUUUUGAGGAAAGGGCCAAAGAAUGUGGUCUGGCGCAAGCUGAGCUCGAUGUGCUUGUGCGUAAGGGGCUGACUUCCUUGUCGCUCCUUGCCUUCAGCGUCUCGACCCCGGGCGAAGUGCCACAGGAAGCUGAACUCAGGUCCAUCCUUGACCCCACGGACCCCACAACUGUGCCGUUGCGUGCACUGUCGGCGCUGCGGCGCCUCAUGUUUGAAGCUCAGACUUUGUCGAUCGCACAGCUCAAGAGCUCGAUUGAGGGUGAAGGUGAAAGGAAGGCCGAGCUGGCUCCUGCCGAGCGAGCGAAUCGCCUGGCCGAUCAGCGCAAAAGGCUCAUCGGCCUCAGCUUGACGGGCCCUCUGGAAAACGCUUUCAGCAAUUACACUUAUGUCGCUCAGGUCGUUGAUCAGGAUUGCCUCUCCUAUCUGGAGCCCCACAGGUUCCUCACCAGGGCCAUGGAAGUGAAUAGAGAGAAGCCGGGGAAGGAGUUGAUCUUAGAUGAGGGUUCGCGUAUGAGUGUCCGCGACAAAGCCCACAAGGAUAAGUGUGGCAUUCAGAAUGAGCUGCAGCUCUCCGAAGCCUUGUGUCGUAGGGCACUUGCCUGUGAUCUUCUGCAGCUCUGCACGUUUGCCUCCAUGGACAUGUGGCACAGGCAUCUGCUUGCCAAGCUGUCGGAACAGCCGCCUCCCUAUUAUGCCAAGGUUUCGAUGGAGCAGCUGCUCAGGUGCGACAAGGCGGCGUGGGUGCGCAUGAGUGAGCUCUUGACUUCUCUUAAGAAGGAUGAAUCCGGUAAUCUACCGAUGGAUGCCGCACUGGACAAGCUUCAGUAUGAUCCAAAAAUCAUGAUGCAUCUGGCCCCGCUUCCCGGUGCUAAGUGGAAGGGCGAUGGAAAAGGCGAAAAGGGCAUCAAGCGCGAUGCCGAUGGCAAGCCAAAAUUGCCCCACCGUCCCAAUAAAGGCACUGGCAAAGGAAAGUGUCCUGAUGUGUUGUCUGACUCACGCUUGAAGCAUAACUGUAGCAAGACCAAGAAGCGCCUGUGUUGGAAUUUUAACUUGCAGGCAGGAUGUAAGUUUGCGAAGGCGGGCGAGAGCUGCAAACGAGGCUUGCAUCUUUGUAUGUUCUGCGAGCAGCCCCACUCCCUUCUCCAAUGCCCGGCCUACAAAGCCGCUCCUUUUAUUGCUGAAGCAAUGAGUCCUCCGGUCUCGACCCAAGCGGCAAACCAUGCAUGCAUGUUGGCACAGAGUGACCCUGUUGGCCCAUUGGAACGUCCCAAGCCGGCCUCCUCGGUGUCUGAUCGAAUUUCAAAUAUUGUGAUUGAUGAGCGAGUUUUUCCCUUGCCCGCUGAGCGGCGAGUGCAUGCCUCUUUGCAUCCUGCAGAGCAAUUUGCACAAGAUGUUCUGUCGUCUGGUGAACCUGUGACAGCAACCUGUGUUGAGCGGCUCUUUAAUUUGCUGCCUUCCAAGGAGGAUGAGCGGUUCAGUUCCGAUUCUGGCAGAUCCUUUGUCGCAGGUGUUUUUCGGCAUGGGGGCGUCGUUGGCCUCACGAACUCCUGUCGUUCUUUUCCCCAAUCAGUCAGCCUGGCCAUCACUUGGGCCAUGCAGCAAGCUGGAACCGAGUUGUCAAAUUUCACAUUUUGCUCAAUUUCUCUGAACCUCAACGUUAAGACUGAAGUUCACCGCGAUGUAAAUAACGAUGAUGCCGACAACCUCGUGUUGGCCGUUACCUCUUUCUCAGGUGGCCACAUCUGGGUGCAAUCCGAAUCGGGCAGUCAUGCGCUGCCUGUCAAUGGGACCCUGAUCCCUGGCGUCUUGUAUGAUGUUGCAGCAGCCCCAGUGCGGUUCUAUGCACGAAAGCGCUUGCAUUGCACAAUGCCUUGGACAGGUGAUAGGCUAGUCCUCAUCUUGUUUUCGGGCGGAGAUGCCACACAAUUGCCCAGCCUUGAUUUUGAGCACCUUAAAUCCCUUGGGUUUAGGCCUUCGGUCUCCACGUCCACGGCCAACCCGCCGUUGGCGUAUGUACCACCGCCUGCCGGAGCUUUUGAGCCCUUGCUUUCUAAGGUUCGUGCUAAAGUCGACGGGGUGUUUCUUGAUAAUCUCGUGUUUCUUGAUAUUUUCUGCGGCACGGGGGGGCUCUGUGCGUCCUUACGGCAGUUGGGCAUGAAGCUCAGUGUCGGUCUAGACCGUCACGCGCAGCGCGGUUGCAAAUGUCCCGUUGUCUCGUUGGACCUCACGAAGCCGGGCUCUCGGGCCAUCCUGCUUGAUCUUCUCAGACAGCCAAAUGUUGUUGCAUGCAACUUGUCCCCACCUGUAACCACCAGUUGUGCCAAUCUGCCGGGCCCCCGCUCUGGUGUUUUUCGCAAUGCAACAUACCCUGAUGGUCUGCCCGGUUUGCAAGGCACUGAUCUCGAGUUAGUCCAGGGGGCCAACACACUUUUUGCCUUGUGUGCUGAGGUCUGGCAAUUUUGUUGGAGCCAUGGGGUAUUUUGCUCCAUUGCUCACCCGAGCCGUUCCAUCAUGUGGCUCUCUGCGUCACUUCGGUCCUGUCAGUCUUCGCCUUUCCUCUCCACCUCUCUGCAUCAGUGCAUGUUUGGCUCCUACCGGAGAAAAGCCACUCGCAUCUUGCACACGGUCCCCUUCUUGCAAAAGCUUGGUGUGACUUGUGAUGGCGGCCACGACCAUGAGCCGUGGCGAUCCCCCGCACAAAAUCGCCUGAAGGAUGCCGGCUUGCCGCCACUCUUGUGCAAGACUUUUGCCCAGGCACUUGUUGAUCAGCUCGUUGCGUGCGGUGCGCGCGCUCCGGCGUGCUCUCUUGCAAAUGCUUCCUUGUCGCUCUCCAUGGGCGCCCGUGUUGCUACAGCGACGCAGCCAUCGGGUCGCAAGAUCCCUCCACUGGUUCCUGAGUUCGCCCGCACAGUCAAGUUGGCAGGUCCAGCCGAUCAGCUGCCGUGCACCUCAAAGACCAAGCUGGUCUCGGCGUGGGCGGUUCCCAAUACUGUCUUCUGCCAACCUUUCUUUGCAACUUUGCCGCCAGGUUCCAAGUGUCUCCGAGCCAGCCCUGUGGUUCCAGGGGGUCUGGCGCCUGCCUCGGAGCCAGCUAAAGGUACGGUUUUAGGUAGUCCUGAGUCCCCUGCCUCCUCGUGCCUGCCUGAGGUUGUUGAGGGUGUGGUUUUAGGUAGUCCCGACUCCUUUGCUCCCCAAUGCCAGCCGGCAACCUCACCCUUAAAUGCAGCCAGUGCGACACCAAAUGCCAAACCUGAGCUUGAGCUGCUUUUCGGCAUACCUUGGUCGCCUGCGGAGUUCGUCAAGCAGGCCUGCAAAGCGAAACACCCGCGCUCCUUGGACCAAGGCGUGCCAGCCGGCAUGUCGGCAUGUAUUGAGCGCUUGUGUGAGCACAGCUCGGUCGAUGUGGCGAGGGAACGAACGGCCGAACUUCGCAAGUGGAUGCUUAGGAAGAAAGAGCUUGAUGAGAGUUUUGAUGGACCUGAGCACUGCAAGAAGAUCUUAGCUGGAAAGCCUAUGAAGCUCUUCGGGGAGAUGGUCAAGGCUGCCGGACAUGCUGAUGUUAACUGGUACGAGAUAUACAGAACGGACGUAAGAAUCGCCACCCCGGCGAACCAGCGUGCGAUUUGGGAGGCUACCCGUACUUGCAGGGAUCCGGAAAUCACUUCUGAAGUGUAUCGCCUUACCUUGGAGGAGCGGGAUAAAGGGUGGCUGACUGGCCCCUUUACUCUCGCCGAUGUGCCGGAGACUGCCAUCGUUACCCGCCGCUUCGGCGUCAGGCAAGGUCUGACGACGACGGCCACCGGUGUGGCGGCUAAGAUCCGUCCUAUCGACGACUUCACAGAAAGCUUGGCUAACUUGUCGUGCACAUGUGCGGAAACCAUCGACCCGCAUUCAGUGAACAUCAUUGUGGCCGGGAUCCUGAAGCGGUGCAGGUUGCUGCGGAAGUCCGGAAGGGACGCCCGUGGAGCGCAUGCCAAAGAGCUUGAGUGCUUGCGUGGCCGUCUUCAGUUCGCUGAGUCGCAGGUGUUUGGUCGUGGUGCGGCCCAACGCAUGCGAGCUAUAUCAAAAGCAAUGAAGCUUUCAGGCUUUGUGGUUCUUGACGACUCCUUGACCGAGGCCCUGCUUUUCUUGAAAGAUCGAGUCCUGCACGGGGAAGCAAGGAUGAUCAGGGCCUGUGAUCGCCCCACCUACCACUUGUUCACGGACGCUUCCUAUGAAGCGGAUAUGCCGGCCGGUCUAGGAGGCAUCCUUUACAGCGAUGGGGGUUUGCUCCUUAGGUGGUACUCCGAGUCUGCCGACACAGACGUUUUAGAGGCCAUAAACCAAGAGGGCAAACAAGGUCUGAUCUAUGAGUUGGAAGCUUGUGCAGCCGUGCAAGGCGUCAUGCAGCUUUGCAAUUCCUUGAAUGACUGCAACCUCAUUUGCUAUUGCGAUAAUGAGGCCGCCCUUGCGGCCCUCAUAAAAUGUGCUUCUGAAUCUCCGGUGGUAGCAUCGCAGCUCAACAAGCUCAGCAUGCUUGAGGACGAGAAGGGAAUCAGCAUAUGGUUUGAAAGAGUGGAGUCGUCUGCAAACCCUGCCGACGAUCCUUCGCGUUUUGUGCUUAGCGAGCUUCCUGUCAACUUCAGAGUCCGUUGGAUCCCAGGCGAAGAGCUGUUGUUCUAG